CCAGAAGUAGAAGAAGAAUCAGCUCUUUCACUGUGUCACGUUUUCGUCAUGGCAGCUACCAGCUGGAAAGACUCCGUCAAAAGUCUGAAAGGUGUGAUUUUAGACAUGUGCGGCGUGUUAUAUGAUGCUGGAGAAGACGGCGGCACUCCAAUUCCUGGCUCCGUAGAAGCGGUUAAAAGGCUAAAGGCCUCGGACCUGCAGCUGCGUUUCUGUACCAACGAGACCCAGGCCACACGGGAGGUGUUUGUAGCCAAGCUGCAGAGGAUGGGCUUUGAUAUCUCUGUGUCUGAGGUGUUCUCCCCAGCCCCGGCUGCCGUGGCUGUCCUGAAGGAGAGGGGGCUACGACCCCACCUGCUGGUCUACGAUGGUGUUGUCCCUGAGUUUGACAGUGUUGAGAAGGCCAACCCAAACUGUGUUGUCAUAGGAGACGCAGCGGAGAAGUUCUCCUACCAGAACCUCAACGAUGCCUUCAGAGUUCUCAUAGGGCUGGAGAAACCAGUACUGUUCUCUCUGGGCAGAGGGAAGUACUACAAAGAGGAUGAUGGCCUGAAACUGGAUGUUGGGGUUUACAUGAAAGCAUUGGAGUACGCCUGUGAUGUAGAAGCUGAGGUCAUUGGGAAGCCAGACCCCAUGUUCUUUCAGAAAGUUCUAGAUGACAUGGGGAUUCAGUCACACCAGACUCUGAUGAUUGGCGACGAUCUGGUGAAUGAUGUGGGCGGGGCGCAACACUGUGGAAUGAAGGGUGUCCAAGUGAGAACAGGAAAAUACAGGCCCAGUGAUGAGAAGCACCCCACAGUAACAGCUGAUGGCUAUGUGGACAACCUGGCGGAGGCUGUGGAAACCAUCCUGAAGCUCCGGGGCCAGUGAGGAGAGGACCAGGAAGAACCACCUUCAACACCACAAUACACCACACACACACACAGCUACUGGUUACUCUGGUAUGAUCUGACAACAGGGAGUAACCCACUAACAUAGAGCCAUGUUGGAGCCAAGAUGGAGGAGAUAGAAGAACACAGUCUUAGAGGAGAUAGAGCCAUGUUGGAGCCAAGAUGGAGGAGAUAGACGUUAAUAACCUCAUGGUCAGAGGGCAGCUAGUUAGGUAAGUUAAUAACCUCAUGGUCAGAGGGUAGCUAGUUAGGUAAGUUAAUAACCUCAUGGUCAGAGGGUAGCUAGUUAGGUAAGUUAAUAACCUCAUGGUCAGAGGGUAGCUAGUUAGGUAAGUUAAUAACCUCAUGGUCAGAGGGUAGCUAGUUAGGUAAGUUAAUAACCUCAUGGUCAGAGGGUAGCUAGUUAGGUAAGUUAAUAACCUCAUGGUCAGAGGGUAGCUAGUUAGGUAAGUUAAUAACCUCAUGGUCAGAGGGUAGCUAGUUAGGUAAGUUAAUAACCUCAUGGUCAGAGGGUAGCUAGUUAGGUAAGUUAAUAACCUCAUGGUCAGAGGGCAGCUAGUUAGGUAAGUUAAUAACCUCAUGGUCAGAGGGUAGCUAGUUAGGUAAGUUAAUAACCUCAUGGUCAGAGGGUAGCUAGUUAGGUAAGUUAAUAACCUCAUGGUCAGAGGGUAGCUAGUUAGGUAAGUUAAUAACCUCAUGGUCAGAGGGCAGCUAGUUAGGUAAGUUAAUAACCUCAUGGUCAGAGGGUAACUAGUUAGGUAAGUUAAUAACCUCAUGGUCAGAGGGCAGCUAGUUAGGUAACAUCAUGGUCAGAGGGCAGCUAGUUAGGUAAGUUAAUAACCUCAUGGUCAGAGGGCAGCUAGUUAGGUAACAUCAUGGUCAGAGGGCAGCUAGUUAGGUAACAUCAUGGUCAGAGGGCAGCUAGUUAGGUAAGUUAAUAACCUCAUGGUCAGAGGGCAGCUAGUUAGGUAACAUCAUGGUCAGAGGGCAGCUAGUUAGGUAAGUUAAUAACCUCAUGGUCAGAGGGCAGCUAGUUAGGUAACAUCAUGGUCAGAGGGCAGCUAGUUAGGUAAGUUAAUAACCUCAUGGUCAGAGGGCAGCUAGUUAGGUAACAUCAUGGUCAGAGGG